AUGGCAUUUUUUCGGUGUUUUUUAAGGCACAACACACUUAGAGGUUUUGUUAUAGUUUCAGGAAAGCUUUUUGCAACAUCGUCACUAUGCCAAUCUUCUUCCAGAGAGAAUAGUCCCAGGAGACAGAAGGUUCACCUUUUUGGUUCUCCCGCAGCAUUGCCCGAAGGAAGUUCAAAGUCAUCCUUUUUUAGAGAUUCUAAAGAAUGGAAAAUGAUAACAUUUGGGCCCUAUUUUGGAGUAGCACUCGACAAUGAUGAUAAUAUUUACAUUUGGGGACAAUCUUCAAACAAUGAUUACAAGGCUCCAUUCACUGCGUUUAAACUACUUGGACUUAAAGAUAUCCAGUGCUCCAAAAAUGAUGUCUAUCUUUUGAGGUCGGAUGGAGCAGUGUAUGUCAUUCGGGAUAUUUCUGUGCUAUUAAACCAUAAUGAUGAUCCUAAACUGGAAAAGGUCGAUUUUCAGACAUAUAUACCUUCGUCUCGUACCCCAAAAGUCAUAAAUAUGAGUGUUGGAGAUUCACAUGCUGCAUUUGUUACGGAAGAUGGGGAAUUAUAUUGUAUAGGAAAUAAUGAAUACGGUCAAUGUGGAGCGAGACCCUCAAAUAUAAUUAGAGAAUCAACAUUUUUGGUCUAUCAACCAGAAGAUGAUAAAAGUGACGAUGAGAUUUCAUUAAACAGAGUUACAUUUAAUGAAGGUGUUAAAAUACGAAAUGUUGUGUGCGGAGGAAGACAUACUAUUUGCAUAGAUGAUGAGAACAAUAUAUACACGUUUGGUGAUGAUUCAUCAGUUCAGCUGUUUUUGGGAGAUACAAGAGGACGUUCUCUGUUGGAACAGGAGUUAUAUAAGGAUUACUUUAAAAAACACGGUAAUGUGGAUAUUUCCGAUAUGCACUUCUCACAGAAAACAGAAAUGAUACAUCAAUUGCAUACGGACAAAAGGAGAGGUAGACACCUCCAGUACAAUCCUAUUAAAAUAAACGAUGUCGGUCCUAUAAAGAGGUUUAAUGAUCUCAUUAAGAAAUCUACGAUAACGGUAACAGCUGGAGAUGAUUUUACAAUUAUAGUGUUGACACCAAAAGACGGGGAUUCUUUGGGAUCCACUGUAUUUGCCAGCGGAGGCAAUAAAUUUAGUCAGUGCGGUAGUUUAGAUGUUAGAAUUCACAAGGCACAAACCGUAAAAUUCCCAAAAGAGUCAAAAAUCACCGCUGCAACCUGCGGAAGCAAUCACUGUCUCGCUCUGCUGGAAUCCAAUGGUCUGUUAGCUUGGGGAAACAACAGUUCCGGACAAUUAAUAAUUCCAAAAAAGGGCUGUAUAACCAGUCCAGAAUUUGUCGAUAUUCAUCAUGAUCACCCAGAUGAACUUGCCAAGGGUCACAACCUGAAUGAGAUCAAAUACAUGAAAUGUGCAUAUAAUAACACUGUAAUUAUAACAUCUUAG